AUGACCACAGACUCCACGAAUGAGCCGUGGGCUGAUAGCCCCUGUUCGCUGAUCACAACACCGCAGUAUGCGACAAAGAAGGAUGAUAUCUUCACAACAGGCGCAACACACAUGGCACACAUCCACAACGCGAUCCUACGCGGCUACAACUCCAUCUUCAUCCAAGCUCCAUACGUAACGGACGAGGAUAAGCCAGCGUUUGUCGGGUAUGCCAUGACUUGGUAUGUAUUUGUCAAAAGCCAUCACGACGAUGAAGAGGCGGAGCUAUUCCCGAAAGUCGAAGAGGUCUUAGGAUCGAAGGAAAUCUGGAAUGAAACGCACCAAGAGCACGCGUCGUUUCUGACCGGGCUUGCAAACUUUGAAGCAUAUCUACGGGAGCUACCAACACCACAGGCCUUCCAAGGAACUGAACUCAUACAUAUCAUGUCUUCUUUCCAAGAAUCUUUCUGCCAUCACUUUCAUCAUGAAAUCCAGACCAUCGCCUCGUUUGCAGCGCUCCCCAGCGCUCCCGCGCCAAACUCGCCUCAGGCCGAGCAAGCCGCUGCCACUUUCAAAGCCUGGGGCAAGAAGACAGUCACCAAGGCCGGUACGUUCGAUGUUGUGCCGUUUUUCUUGUUGAAUUUGGAUGCAACGUAUGAAGAAGGUAUGUGGGCGAAUUGGCCACCAAUGCCUGCCCCAGUACGGUGGGGUCUGGUGAAUGUUGCGGGGAGUGUACACUGGGGGUGGUGGAAGUUUGCUAGUUGUGAUGCUGCAGGCAAGCCGAGAGCUUUGUUUGCGCAACCGCAGGACGCUAAGUAA